UUAAAUUGAUGAACUCCAUUUAUUCCAUAUUUGUAUCUUGAAGAUUGAAUACUUCGGCAAUACAGCUUAACAUCAAAUGAUGACAAAACAGUGAGGAUAAAAUCACGAACCAUGGCCAAAAGAAACCAACGAAAGUAAUGGAUGAUUCAAUAAAAAAGUACUAUGCCUAUUGUGAUGACAACAUUAUCGAGUGGCUGCAGGAAGCUGAGGCUGUAAUACAGGAUAUUAUUAAGCACGUGCGAGAAGUAUGCGUAUCCAAAGCUUUUCCUCCAACGCGUACGGAAUCUUACAUUAAUCUUACUACCCUGGAAGGAAACCGAUUAUGUCUAAAACUUAACGCCGAAGGCUUACAAAUUGUAGGACAAAAUUAUGAUGUGAAUAGUCAGGAUUGCGAUGCCAAUGUUCGUUAUGAAACACCAUACGCUUUAUUGUCGGAUGUUAGUCCAUCAUAUGUGCAUUCCUUCGGAAGUUGUCUUACAGAUGCUUUGAAUAGACUGGAGCAGAGCUCACAACAAGAUCAAAACUUAUCUGAUGUGGAAUAA